AUGUUUGGCUGUAAUCAGUUUCUUCAUUUCAGCAGGAGCACUAGGGAAAGCACGCCAUGCAGUUUGAUUGGGGCUGCCGGCACAGUCUCGACUCCUGGCUCGACCACAAGACAGAUGAGCCCAGAGGCAGCUAUUCAGAGGUCCCGGAAUGCCAUUCUCAGAAAUAUUCCUACAGCACGUGAGAUAGAGGAGUUUUUUGCCCGUGCUGAGCAGUCGCAGCAGCGUCUUUUUAUGGAGAAGUAUAAUUUUGAUGUUGCGAAUGACGUUCCCCUCCCUGGACGGUACGAGUGGGUGAGAGUGAUGCCUUGA